CUCUAUUGCUGCACCCUCGCACGGAAGUGUACGCUAAGUAGCCCUAGCAACGUCUAGUUGUUGAAAUUUCUCCACGCCUUUGAUAUCUGAUUCACUACUGAUUUUUAGCCAACGGAAACAACACUGACUUGUCCGUUUUUGAGUUGUCUCCUUGUUUGUCGUGUCAAAAUUUCUUUUCACGUAGAAUUGUUAUUCGAAAAAUCUUCACGAAAACGAAAACCAACCUGACCAUGGAUUGUUAUUGUAAAAGGAAAAGGUCGGUUCCGGUUGUCAAAACGAUCUUGACAGCCACUUAUUGUUAUUCUCUGGCAACCGCGGUAACCGCUGCCUUUGUAGUUCCCCAGCCGGAGCCGGACUACAAGCGACCACGUAUUGACGAAGUACUCCGCCCCCGGUAUGGAAGCAGUAUGAUGAAUUACUCGGGCAGUAAGAAGAAGAACCAUCAGUUUUUAUUCACAACUAACGAAGAUGAACCACAUGCACAAGCAGGUGGCGGUGUUGCUGAAGAUAUUUCCAUGCACCACGCGCAAUACCGAAGCUGCGAAGAGCGACUACAAACUCACCACACCGCUACUACUACUACCGAGCAACCGAACUGGCAGCCUGCCGCGUCUCCACCAGCCUCGCCUGCCACGUCAUCUGCGUCAACACCUUGCCCUCCGGCAUUCAAAUUUGACCGUCGUGGCAGCGGUUCGCAAGACCCGGAACAACUGCAACAGCCGUCGCAGCAAAAUGGACAUGCAUCAUUCCUAGAGAGGAAAGCAAAGGCUCCAAGACUCCAGGAUGAUAGGACCUCCACGUCGGGCGAAGUACACACCUACAGCACUGUCCUUCCAACAUCCGACCAGAACAUGGGCGCUCGUGAUGGCGUGGGACCAGCGCAGCUACCAAAGCCGGCGGAGCUGGGAGAGGACCGCAAUAGCGCGGCGAGCCUUGUCCUUCCAGGAUCGGGCGGUCGCGCCAGACCGGGACCACUUUUGGCGACAGCGCUGAGUCUGCCGACGCCCUGGCAGACGUCGGACCCGGACCUUCAGCCGCAGGGGCUACAUGACCUCUACGGAGACUUGCCCCCAGCCUUCUUUGAGUUUGGCAUGGGCGGAUGAUGUUUUACCUUUUUACUUUUAUAAAUAA